UCUGGAGGCGCUCAGUGAGACAUUCGGCACUGGGCGGAGCUUGCCCGGCACCUGCGCAGAGACGGCGAAAGGGGGAGUCACGUUUCCCCAUUUGGAUACCCCAAGGAGGCUGUGGAAUUGGAAGAAGAGAGGAACCUCUGAAGAAUUCAGGAUGGGCGAAGUGGAGAUCUCGCCUCGGGUGUACGUCAAGAUGUGCCUCCAUGCGGCUCGGUACCCCCACGUGGCGGUGAACGGACUUCUCCUGGCUCCAAAGCGCCGGCCGACGGCUGGGCCCCCCGAAUGCCUCUACAUCACGGACUGCGUCCCCCUUUUCCACAGCAACCUGUCGCUCACCGUGAUGCUGGAGGUGGCCCUUAACCAGGUGGAUUCCUGGAGCUCAGAGUCCGAUUUACUCCUUGCUGGUUAUUACCAGGCCAACUCUGGGAUGGAUGACAAAAGCCCUAAUUCCCUGGCGCAAAAGACGGCCGGGCGCAUCGCCGAACUGUACGAUGAUGCGGUGCUGAUUAUGUUGGAUAAUCGCAAAUUCGGGAUCAACCCCCGUCUUCCUCCUUUAACUGUCCUGGAGCAGAGGGAUCGCCAGUGGCUUCCAAAAGACAAGAACCUGGUCAUGUGGACCGACUGGGAAUCUUCCCGCCACAUUUGCCAGUCUCUCCUGGAGGCCAAAGUCUACUCCCGAUUGGUCGACUUCGACAGCCACCUGGACGACAUCCGGCAAGACUGGACCAAUCAGCAGCUGAACGCUGAGAUCGCCCAAUUAGUGUCCGUCGCCAAUGGCAGCGCAUGAAGGAGCCCACGCCCGCUUGCCAAAGGAUCUGAACUCUUGGUUCCCUAACCUUUAGGAGCAUCCAGGAUGCCAGACUAGCCAGGAUAGAAGCCGGGAUCACGUGAUUUUGAGGCCCCGCCCCUUUUAACGGCAAGGCGGCCAUCUUGAUUAGCUCUUCCCGCCACAACAGACGCCUCUCUUGAAAAGGAUGAAUUUGCGUUGAAAUUUGGUGGGUUUUUUUCUUGGUUAAAAAAGCAGGGAUUUCUCUCUCCCCCCCCUCCCAAAUUUAUCCAAAUACUGGUAGUCCUCGACUUACGACCACAAUCGAGCCCCAAAUCUCUUCUUCGGUGUGACAUUUCUCGCGUUUUGCCCCAUUUUACGAUCUUUCUUGCCGUCGCCGCGAAGCGAAUCACUGCGGUUGAUCAGUUCGUAGCCCGGUCGUUAACCGAAUCUGGUUUCCCCUCCCCCCCUUGACUUUGCUCGUCGGAAGGUCGCAAAAGGGGAUCCCCCAGAACACCGCGACGGUCGUAAGUAUGAGUCAGUUGCCGUGCAUCCACAUUUUGAUCCUGUGAGCCCAGGCAUGCGACCAACAUUAUGCGCGGGGAAAAAAUCAUCAAUUACUUUUUCCGGUGCUGUGGUAACUCUGAACCGUCACUAAACAAACCGUCGUAAGUCGAGGACUACCUGUGAUUUGAGAAGAUUGAUUCCACUUUACGGCAUUCAGAUUUUAUAUUUGUAAAACCCCGUCGGAUAUCAGCGAGCGGGAAAAGCCCAACCGCGUUUCUUAGUUUAAGGACCCGAAUUAAACGUUCCACUCGGUGUGUUUGAAA